AACAAAAAGCGGCAAUUACUUGAGCGCACGGGUAAUUUAACUGUUUCACAGCAUCAAUAUCGAUAGUUUUUUACCUAAAACAGGUAGUGUGGUUCGAUUAGUAAGUAGUUUGACUACUAUGAGGUUCACGCAAUACUGAUAUUCGACUCGGAACUGGUUAAGGUUAGCCACUCAGUAAGAUAGAGUAUGUCCUUCCAUCAGGGUAGAGGGGGCCCCAGAGGGCGAAACCCACCUGCUCAGCAUGGGUCAUCCCAAAACUACCGACCCACCAACCUAAGGCCUCCUCCUCCCCAGCCUCCCUUGCCCCCCUACCACUAUGAGCCUCAGACCCCUCCUGGCUCUAGUUACCAAGGGAACAGUGGCUACAUGUCCAGCCAUGCUGACUACAUGACCUACCCCACCCAAGCUCCCACCCAGGCCCCUAGCCCUCUCAACCAGUGCCCCAUGCACCCUCCUUUCCCCAAUGCCCCUAACCGUCAGGGCUUUCCUGAACCACCCCCAAACUUCCCCCCUCCCCCCCUCCCAAUUUCCUCUGCUGGGUCCACUUCAGGUUCCCAGGGAUCAGCCCAGAAUGCAUACCAUCCGUACAUGGUACCCCCUCCGCCCCUGCCUCACCCACCAAUGCCCCCAUCCAUGCCCCCCCAGCCCAUGAGCUACCACCCUCCCUACUCCAUGAACUACCCCCACCCUCCCUUCCCACCUCCUAGCUUCAAUCCAGGGUACACCCAGGGCUCAAGCUCCUUCAAGCCCGUCCAUGGCUUCAGGCACGGUGGCCAGUACAAGGCAGACAAGCCCAUGGAAGACCGGAGGUCCCCGGAGAGAUGUCCACGCCGUCACGAUGAUUUUAGGCAGAAGAGCUACGGCUACGGUGACCGUCACAAGAUGGAGUUUCCUGCAGAGAGGAGGGACAGCGUCCGGAGCCCUGGAAGGCGUGGCAGACCGGAGAGCGGGCGCUACCGCUCAGACCACCAACAUGGCCGGACCCCACCCCGUCACCGCAGUAGAGAGCGCAGCAGGGAGAGGCAUCGCCACCGAGAUAGCCGGAGGUCCCAGUCCCCCGACAGACCCAGAAAGAGACCCAGGAGUCGAUCAGGGAGCCGGGAGAGGAAGCGUGGCCGCUGGGAGGAGGAGCGGGAGAGGAGGCCGGACGACGACAAGGAGAGGAGGUGGGAGGGCCCGGGGACGAGCAGGGAACGCAGCUACACCUCCCUGAGGAGCCGAGAGCCAGAGGAGCCCGCCACUGCCUCCACCGCCGCCGCAGAGAGGGAGAAGGACCGGGAGAAGGACCGGGAGAGGGACAAGGACAGGGACAAGGAGAGGGAGAAAGGAGACGAGGUCAGGGAGGAGGAGGAGCUGCUGAAGCCUGCCUGGGUUCGUUGUACACAUGCUGAGAACUACUACUCCAAUGACCCCAUGGACCAAGUGGGCGACUCCACCGUGGUGGGCACCAGCAAGCUGAGAGACCUGUAUGAGAGGUUUGAGGAAGAGCUGGGCAGGAGGCAGGCACGUGCCCAGGCUGCCCGCCCACAAUGGGAGCCGCCCCAAACUAAGCUGGAUGAGGAGCCUGGUACUGUAUUGAUAUCAGAUAGUAAUACCAAAGGCGUCAGCUCCAGUGAGUCGGACGGCGAGUCGGACGGCGGCGGCAGCACGUGCUCCAGCAGCUCCGACUCGGACGUGUUCGACGUGAUCGCUGAGAUCAAGAGGAAGAAGGCCCACCCCGACCGCCUGCACGACGAGCUGUGGUACAACGACCCCGGACAGAUGAACGAUGGGCCGCUGUGCAAGUGCAGUGCCAAGGCCAGGCGCACGGGGAUCCGCCACAGCAUCUACCCAGGAGAAGAGUCAGUGAAGAACUGCCGUGGCAUGAACAACAACUCAGGGAGGCUGUUCCACUACAGGAUCACCGUGUCUCCCCCCACUAACUUCCUGACGGACAGGCCCACCGUGAUCGAGUAUGACGACCACGAGUACCUGUUCGAAGGCUUCUCCCUGUUCUCGCACACCCCGCUCACCAACAUUCCAUUAUGCCGGGUGAUCCGUUUCAACAUAGAUUACACCAUCCACUUCAUAGAGGAGAUGUCACCAGAGAACUACUGUGUUCAAGGCCUGGAGCUUUUUGCCAACUACCUGUUUCAGGACGUCCUGGAGCUCUAUGACUGGAACCUGACAGAUCCUACCUUUGACAAUGAGUCUCCUGGAUGUCAGAAGUUCCACUUCAUGCCGCGCUUCGUCCGUUUCCUCCCUGACGGCGGUAAGGAGGUGCUCUCCAUGCACCAGGUCCUGCUGUAUCUUCUGCGAAGCAGCAAGGCCCUGGUGCCCGAGGAGGAGAUCGCCAACAUGCUGCAGUGGGAGGAGUUGGAGUGGCAGAAGUAUGCAGAGGAGUGCAAGGGCAUGAUCGUCAGCAGCCCUGGCAUGAAGCCAAGCUCUGUACGCAUCGACCAGCUGGACAGAGAGCAGUUCAACCAUGACGUCAUCACCUUUCCUAUCAUAGUCCACUUCGGAAUCCGGCCUGCCCAGCUGAGCUAUGCAGGAGACCCCCAGUACCAGAAGCUGUGGAAGAGUUACGUCAAACUGCGCCACCUGCUAGCCAACAGCCCCAAGUGUGCGCGUGGCCGUCAACAGGAAGCCCUCCAGAAGAUCCGUCAGAAGAACACGAUGCGCCGCGAGGUGACGGUGGAACUCAGCAGCCAGGGAUUCUGGAAGACAGGCAUUCGCUCCGACGUCUGUCAGCAUGCCAUGAUGUUGCCAGUCCUUACCCACCACAUCCGCUACCACCAGUGCCUGAUGCACCUGGACAAGCUCAUCGGCUACGUCUUCAAGGAGCGCUGCCUCCUCCAGCUGGCCAUGACCCAUCCCAGCCACCACCUCAACUUUGGCAUGAACCCAGACCACGCCCGCAACUCCCUGUCCAACUGUGGCAUCCGCCAGCCCAAGUACGGCGACAGGAAGGUCCACCACAUGUACAUGAGAAAGAAGGGAAUCAACACUCUGAUCAACAUCAUGUCCCGGCUGGGCCAGGAAGACCCCUCCCCCUCCAGGAUCAAUCACAACGAGAGGUUGGAGUUCCUAGGCGACGCCGUCGUCGAGUUCCUCACCAGUGUCCACCUAUACUACCUGUUUCCCAGUCUUGAGGAGGGCGGCCUGGCCACCUACCGAACAGCCAUCGUCCAGAACCAGCACCUUGCCAUGCUAGCUAAGAAGCUGGAGCUGGACCGCUUCAUGCUGUACGCCCACGGGCCGGACCUGUGCAGAGAGUCUGACCUGCGCCACGCCAUGGCCAACUGCUUCGAGGCCCUCAUAGGUGCAGUGUACCUGGAGGGGGGGCUGGAGGAGGCCAAGCUCCUCUUCGGAAGGCUGCUGUUCAACGGCGAGGACCUGCGAGAGGUUUGGCUCAAUUACCCUCGUCACCCACUGCAGGUCCAGGAGCCCCAGACUGACAGACAGCUAAUCGAGACAUCUCCGGUGCUUCAGAAGCUGACAGACUUCGAGGAGGCCAUUGGAGUGCUCUUCACACACGUGCGACUGCUGGCCAGGGCCUUCACCCUGAGGACUGUAGGCUUCAACCACUUGACCUUGGGCCACAACCAGAGGAUGGAGUUCCUGGGAGACUCCAUCAUGCAGCUGGUGGCCACAGAGUACCUGUUCAUCCACUUCCCGGACCACCACGAGGGUCACCUGACGCUUCUGCGGAGCUCGCUGGUGAACAACCGCACCCAGGCUAAGGUGGCGGAGGAACUGGGCAUGCAGGACUUCGCCAUCACCAACGACAAGACCAAGCGUCCCCUCGCCCUGCGCACCAAGACCCUCGCUGACCUGCUGGAGUCUUUCAUCGCGGCCCUGUACAUUGAUAAGGACUUGGAGUAUGUGCAUACCUUCAUGAAUGUCUGCUUCUUCCCUCGUCUGAAGGAGUUUAUUCUGAACCAGGACUGGAACGACCCCAAGUCCCAGCUUCAGCAGUGCUGCCUGACUCUGCGUACUGAGGGAAAGGAGCCUGACAUCCCCCUUUACAAGACCCUUCAAACCGUGGGGCCGUCGCACGCCAGGACCUACACGGUAGCCGUCUACUUCAAAGGGGAGAGGAUUGGCUGCGGCAAGGGUCCAAGCAUCCAACAGGCGGAAAUGGGGGCGGCAAUGGACGCGCUUGAGAAAUAUAACUUCCCGCAGAUGGCUCAUCAGAAGCGCUUCAUCGAGCGUAAAUACCGACAGGAGCUGAAGGAGAUGAGGCGCGAGCGCGAGCGGCAGGAGAAGGAGAGCGACUCUGAUGUGGCCACUGCUGACUACAGGAAGUGACAGGGCUCCCAUUCAGCCUCGGAAAUCCCAUCGGUCGGUUGCACCAUCUUGGUCCAUCUUCAGAUCGAUGGUGUGGUCCAACCCGAGAUUCAAACGUAAGACCGUUGGGUAGGAAGAUACGGAGGGCUGCUUCAGGAAACACAUAGGCAUUCACAUUUAGGGAAUUUGCUUUUACGUGUAGGUCUUAAUCAGUAAGAACUUGGAUAACGCCAGCAGAAUAACUUUUUUAACCAUCUCUAGAAUGCCGCCACACACCGUGGUUAGCGUUAGUGACAACAGAGCUACGGGGUGUUUUAAAUGUUUUUGUAAUUGUACUUCAAGUAUACUGAUGAUGAAUCUAAUAAUAAUAAUAAAGGCAUCUGAAACUUUGACAACCCA